GGCAGGCGGGGAGGAGCGGACAGGGGAGGAGAGUGCUUGUAGCACGGUGGCCCCAGUAGUACUGCAUUGACUGGGCAGUAUCAUGGACAUGGUGCCGCGGAGUUCCCGUCCAGCUGUAGUCAACGCUGCAAUAACCCAGGACUGAGCUGCACGCUAGCUGGUGAUUGUUCGGCGAAUGCAAAAAUGCACUGUGGGAUCUAUUUAAAGUCUCAUCUCAAGGAUUGGCACUUUUGACAGUGCAGCACUCUGUCAGUACUGCACUGGAGUAGCAGCCUGGAUUUUUGUGCCCUGGUCUUCUGCUGCAAGGGUUGAACUUGGAUCCAUCAGACUCAAGAGAUCCUUUUCGAAGCAUCUUGACUACAGCAAUCUCUCCAGCCACUGAGUUGAAGCGACACACUUUACAAAAUUUGAAAUUGAAGGCUUACACUGGACACUUACCAUGUCGAUGGACCACAGCCCCACCACUGGAGUGGUCACAGUCAUUGUGAUUCUCAUCGCUAUAGCAGCUCUCGGUGCUCUCAUCCUGGGCUGUUGGUGCUACCUGCGCUUACAGCGAAUAGGUCAGUCAGAAGAUGAGGAAAGCAUUGUGGGAGAAGGAGAAACCAAAGAGCCCUUUCUGCUGGUGCAGUACUCUGCAAAAGGGCCACGGGUAGAGCGGAAAGCCAAGCUGACAGCAAAUGGUUCAGAAGGUCAUGGCUAGUCUUCAGCUGCAGUUCAUGGCUGCAGCAUUUGCUGUUUGGACUAAACAUUUGUAGUCAAAUCAUUCUUCAUACUGUGAAAGUUUAAAUCUGUUCAAGCUGCUUAUUAAAAGAAAUAGCAAGGUAGUACAGCAGGACCUGGUCUAAUCAGGAAUCUGAUCUGCAACUGCAUGUUAAAAGGAAAUCAAGACUAGCUAUUUAAAACUUAAGUGUUUCCUACUUGAAUUCUAAACCCUCUUAACUGAGCCUGUGUUGAUGCAGUAGCUACUGUAAACUUCAUCCUUACUGAACCUGUGGAUCUUUGGGGGAGAAAUGUGCAGAGAUCAGUAUGAAAUUCUAAUCUAUUUUCUGUAUGAUACAGGAUAGUAUUAUAUUCUGGAAAGCAAAAAUGAACUGCUAUAAGUGUUACCAGAACUUGUUUUGAUUAUCUUGCAGUGUUGUUCUUGACUCCAAGUUGGAAUUGGGGGGAGGGGUGUAAAAGAGGAAGAAAAACAGUUGCAGAAUUAGAAAUAGGGUUUUGUUUUUAAAAAUUAACCUGAUGCUAGAAUCAUUUGUGCAGAGCUAGUUCAAAAUAGCCCUUCACCUC